AAUUAAAUCACUGAUAGAAUCUAAGUGCAGAAAGCACAUAGAUUACGAACGAGAGAAAAAAAAAUCAUUCUAUGUGCAACUAUUAAAAAUUAAAAGUUACUGUAUUAAAUUUCAUUCUUUCCAUAAUAAAUUUAGAGUGUAGCUACAUAAAAAGCAACCCUGUCAACAUAAAAUCCAAACAGAAACAUAACAAACGUGAACAAACAUGGCGCGCGCAGGUGAUGAACGUUUUGUCGCGGAAAACUCCGAAAUUUCAAACGUGGUGCUGAAAGAAUUGAAUUUGCCAGCCGAAUUACUUGCUGUUUUUGAAGAAUUGAGCUACAACGUCGACCGUUUCUCCACCGUCACCAAAGACGAACUUAUUAAAGAUUUGGGAGCUGCCGGAUGGAGCUGCGACUGGGACCUGCUUUAUGACCGGAUAACAGCCUGGCGGAAGCUGAACGGUUUCGAUUUGAUCACUUUCACCAAAGUGGAAGUUUUGGAGGAGUGGGUUUGCAGUGAGGAAGUGGAAGCAUCGGAACAGACACUAUUCGACCCUGAAUUGAGCGAAUCAUCUGAGAGAUUGACUUUCUCACCCGUCGUAUCUGCAACUGGGACAAUUGGAUCGGUCGUGGCAUCGGUGGAUCUCCCUGGACCAUCAUCUUCAUCGUCAGUGCCAUCGGCGGAUCUCCCUGAAACAUCUUCCUCGUCGGCCGUGGAAUCGGCUGAUCUCCAUGAAUCAUCAUCGUCGGUCGUGACAUUGGCGGAUCUCUCUGUAUCAUCAUCUUUGUCGGCUGUACCAUCAGCGGAUCCUCGGGUGGAUCUCUCUGGUUCGUCGUCUUCGUCGGCCGUGAAUCUCCCUGAACCAUCAGCUUCGAGGGCUGUGACAUCGGCGGAACACCCUGGACCAUCAUUUUCGGCACAAUCGGUGGUUCCUCCUAAGGGUAAAGGACCAGAUGAAACUCGAGACUUGGAUACGCCUUGUUCAUCGUCAUUCUUUGGCCCACGCGACCUUGAAGUACUCCUUCGCAAAUCUCUUAGUGGAGAAGCGCUGCUGGCAAGGGCUCCUAAGGGGCCACUGACGGAACGAAGCCAAAAAGAUCUAGCGGAAAUCAUCGCCGAGCAUCAUUUGAAUGCUCGGCUGAAGACAACGGAGCGGGUAUUGGACAGCUAUGCGGAGUCAAUAACGCUGUUGUUCCGCCAGGAAAAAAAGGAUUGCUACUACAUACCACGAAGCGGCGAGAAAAGAAAUCCGGGCGGCAAGAUUUAUAAUAAAAUUGCAAACCUGAAACAAAAAAGGAUCAAACGAGACAAGUAUGAGGAGGACAUUGAAGCCAAACGACAGAAGCACAGCACUGGCUCGACAGGCGUAGACAUCGAGUUGGACGCCGCGGCAGAAGCAGCCUUUAAUUGGUUGAGACUCAAUACGCAACCAUGGCAAACAACUGUUAACCAGUGGAAAGCUUCUUUCAAUCGAAGACGUCGAGAUUUGCAGAAACCAGCACUGCUCGCUAAUGUAGAUGGGAUAUACCGUCACUACAAGGACCCUUAUGGAUUCCAACUGGUAAGUUUUAUUGCACAUUUCUUGUAAUACGCGAAUUCACACGUUUCCCCGAAAAUGCUGUGCAAAAUAUACAAAAUGGAUUGGUGGACUGAGAUACGCCCUACCAGCGAUCGAAACAUGUUUAUUUGCGAAAAGCCCUUAGGACCUUUUCACAUGUUAUGCUAGAAUUGCGUCCAGUGUCAUUAAGCUUGUCAUUAACCGUCAUCAACCGUAAUGAUUAAAAACGUAAACAUUUGAAUUUUUUAAGUAAGUUAAAUUAAAUCAAUUAACUAGUGGGUGGCAUCACCAAAAAUAUCCAGAUCUUUCCGACUAUGUAUUGUUCUAGAAUUUAACUUACGUGUGUGUAGUUUAAGAACAAAGUUUUGUGUAGUUUUUUAAUAAUACAUUUUAAAUGUUUCAGAUCGAUGAAGACUUCGACAGGCUGUACAAUAUUACUACCGAUGACCCGAUCGACAAAUGGAAUCGCUCAUUAGCAGGACUGACCGUUCGCCUGUGUCAACAAUACAAGGACGGAGCGUCGAACAAGCUUGUGGAUUUACUUCGGAAUGGUGCAAGUACGGGUAAGAUAAAACAACUUCCAGCGGUUGUAAUAUCACAACUAUCAAAGCACUGUGUGGGGGUUGGGAUCCAUUGAGGGAACAUCAAUUGCAUUGCUGCACAGCAGCUCCUGGCACACAGGAAGACCAGUUGCCACAAAAAUCGGUUAUUUUAAACUAUUAUUAAUAAGGGGCUGUUCAUAAACCACGUAGGCCAACAUUUGGUCAUCU